GAAAGGCAGCGGGAGACGGCCGCCGAGAUUCCCCCAUCUCUUUGAAUAUAAUUUUAGAUUGAGAUUCAGAUUAAAUCCGAGGGGAAAACACUUUAUGAGGCUGAAAGCCGUGUCGUUGCCAGAGCCAGGGUUAUGAGCUAUCAAAUGCAAUUACAUUAAGACAGAUUAUACUGGGCAAAUUGAGCCAUUUAGAAGGUGAGAAUCAAAGGAACGGCUCUGAUCCUCUCUUUCCCUUCUCUCCCUCCUCUCUCUCUCAAUUGCAGUUCGUAGUUCCUUGCAAUUCUGAGGCACAAAAGUAGGUGAGACUGCUUUUGUAUCUGCGAAGUGCUUCACUCCUGAAUGUAAUUCUAGCUGAGUGCAAUCUAGGUUAAGAGCCGGACAAACGGGUAAUUAGAGUCCGCUCGCUGCUCGAGGAUCGGCCGCCCCGCCGAAACGCUCCCCGAACCGGCGCCCUUCUCCCGGCCGAGCCGAGCUGCGGCUGGACACGGAGCGCCCGAGAUGAUGGUGCUGGACAAGGAGGACGGUGUGCCGAUGCUGUCUGUCCAGCCCAAGGGGAAGCAGAAGGGCUGUGCAGGCUGCAACCGCAAGAUCAAGGACCGCUACCUGCUGAAGGCGCUGGACAAGUACUGGCAUGAAGACUGCCUCAAGUGUGCCUGCUGCGACUGCCGCCUGGGAGAGGUGGGCUCCACACUCUACACCAAGGCCAACCUCAUCCUGUGCCGGCGCGACUACCUGAGGCUCUUUGGCACCACAGGGAACUGCGCUGCCUGCAGCAAGCUGAUCCCAGCCUUUGAGAUGGUGAUGCGAGCCCGGGACAAUGUGUAUCACCUGGACUGCUUCGCCUGUCAGCUCUGCAACCAGAGAUUUUGCGUGGGAGACAAAUUCUUCCUGAAGAACAACAUGAUCUUGUGUCAGAUGGACUAUGAGGAGGGACAGCUCAACGGCUCCUUCGAAGCCCAGGUUCAGUAACGCCCGGCGCCUGGCCUUGGGCCCACCAGCCCGCCCACCCACUCACCUGGCCGGCCGAAUCAGAACUCCUCCUUGCCUUGGCCAUGACAUGAGUGUGGCCCUUGCUCUGCUGUCACCGCCGCCCGUCUGUGUGUGACCCCUCCUGGGGCCAGGCUGCGCCUGUACAGUCCGUCUUCUGUAUAUAAAUGGGAACAUUUAUUUUAUGAGAAAUGUAAUGCGAUUUUAUUACUGGCGUGGA